UGAUAUAGGUAUAGUUGACAUUUGGGGAAUAAUAAUAAAUAGAUAAAUAAAUAAAUUGUAUAUUUAAUUAAUUUUUUUUUAGUUGUUGCUGAAAAACAGAAAUAUGCUAUAAAUUGAAUCUAUGUUGUAGUAAUAAUGGCAUUUUUAGAGUGGCGCAAGUUUAAUUUUUUUGACCUAAAGUCGCAUGUAGAUGGUGGACAACUUUCAGAAGCAUUAAAGGAGUGUAAGAUAACCACAACUUCUGCUGGGAAUAGCCAUUUAGUUUUUGGAGAUGCAUUAGGACAGAUUCACCUUAUCUCAAAGUCAUGGCACAUCACUACAUUUAGAGGAUAUGAAAUAUCUGUGGAUCACUCAUAUCAACUUAGAAAUUCACCAUUGUUAGUGACUAUUGGGCAUGAUGAACCCGGUACAAAUCCUUUAUUAAAGGUAUGGGAUACAAGUAAAUUUGAUAAAAAUGGCAUGCCAUUUUGCCAAAGAGUCACAAGAGUCCUGGCCGGCACUAGACCCGUUGAGGUCAAUUGCCUGACGGUCCAUGAUAACCUUCAGCUCAUGGCUGUGGGAUUUAUAGAUGGCUCUCUUGUUUUAUACAGAGGUGAUGUUGCAAGAGACAGAAGUUCUAAGCAAAAGGUAUUUAAGGAAUUGUCUUCAAAAGUAACAGGUUUGGCAUUUAAAGUCUCAGCAAAUUCAAGUUGGUUAUAUGUAUCAACAGAACAAGAAGUAGUAGUUUACAAUAUCACCCAUAAAGAUAAAGAAAUUAAGCAUCAUUUAGAUAAUAUUGGAUGUAGCAAAAAAUGUAGUGUAUUGGCAGAAUCUACUCAGGAAAGUCACUUCAUGGUAGCACGAAAUAAUGCCAUAUAUUGUUAUACAUCCGACGGAAGAGGCCCAUGUUAUGCCGUUGAUGGUGAAAAAACAAUAUUAGAAUGGUUUAGAACUUACCUAAUUAUCAUUUCGAAAGUCAGUCGACAAAUACCCCACAACAAUUUAAAUAGUGAUGGCUCUAAUCCUGUGUCCGAGGAUUUGAUUACUGUAUUGGAUAUUCAUAAUAAAUUUAUUGUUUAUCAAAGUGUAUUGAGUAAUAUCAAGUCAGUGCUCCAUGAGUGGGGCUCAUUUUUUAUCCUAGACAAUAACUUCCACAUGUACCAUCUGGAUGAGAGAGAUCUUCAGUCUAAACUCUCUCUUCUUUUCAAAAAAAAUCUUUAUGACGUUGCUAUACGAAUCGCUAAAAGCCAGCAAUACGAUUUAGAUGGUUUGGUUGAUAUCUUUAAGCAAUAUGGUGACCAUUUGUGUGACAAAGGAGAUUUUACUGGGGCUAUCGAGCAGUAUAUUAAAACAAUUGGAAAAUUAGAACCUAGUUGUGUUAUCAGAAAGUUUUUGGACUCUCAACAUCUGGAGAAACUCACCAUGUAUUUACAAGCUCUACAUAAGCAAGGGCAAGCAACAGAAGAUCACACCACAUUGCUCUUAAAUUGCUAUACAAAACUAAAUAAUGCAAUGGGGCAAAGUGAUAGUCUAAAAGAAUUUAUUCUUUCUAAAGAAAGUGAUUUGAACUAUGAUGUUGAUGUUGCCAUUAAAGUUUGCAGGCAUGGAAGUCCUGCAGAGGCCCUAAUGCUAGCAAAAAAGCACGAAAAACACGAUUGGUACAUAAAAAUUCAAAUCGAAGACCACCAGAAAUAUUCGGAAGUUUUAAACUAUAUUGCAAACCUUCAAUUCUUCACCGAUGCCGACCAUUACAUGAAAAAAUAUGGCCAGAUAUUGGUUAAACAUUUGCCCCAUGAAAGUACGCAAUUUUUGAAAAGACUUUGUACUAAUUACAAACCUGAAAAUAGUCCCAUUAUUUCAGAAAAUAUGAUGUCAGGUAUAUUGGAAAAAAAAAUCUUUUGCUUUUUAAAAAUAUUUCGAAUUAUAGGAAAUUCUGAUGUUAUACUUAAAUCGGACCCAGAAGAUUUUAUCCAUCUUUUCCUAAACAACUCUGAAAGACUGGUGGAGUUCUUAAAGUAUCUUAUAGCAGAGGGGUGUAUCUUAAGUCCUUCAGUUUACAGCACCCUUUUGGAACAUUAUUUGCAUGUGUGGUCUACAACUGAAGGGACAAGCGAGAAAAAUAAACUGGCACAAAGUAUUUUGGAACUGCUUCAAAAUCCAGAUGUAAAACUUGAUAAAGCCCACGCUUUAGUAGUGUGCAAUAUGCAUUCGUUUAGUAAAGGGAUUUUGUAUUUGUAUGAGGAGCAAAAGUUGUAUCAACAAAUACUAAGGUACCAUAUAGCUAAGAAUGAUCCAACAUCAGUUUUAGAGUGUUGUACCAGAUUUGGACAUCAAGAACCAACCCUAUGGGUGCAAGCUCUUUGGUCAUGUGUGCGAGAUAGCAAGCAACCUUCCAUGGACUUACUUAAUGAGGUACUCACAGUGAUAGCAAAAGAAAAACUAUUUUCGCCCCAGUUGGUCAUAGAUGCGGUGGGUACUGGCAACGCUGAAAUUAGUUUAGGACAUGUGAGGUCUUAUAUCAUGAAUGAAAUUCAGCAAGAAAUUAAGAAAACGAAUGAAAUUACCGAACUUACUAAGAACUACCGAAAAGAUACUGAACAUUUAAAGAAGCAACUUGAAGAGCUUAAAAAUGGUGUUACUCUGCUGCAAGGUUAUAAAUGUGCGGCGUGUCAUCAUUCUCUGGAGUUGCCCACGAUUCAUUUCCUGUGCAACCACAGUUUUCAUCAGCACUGCUUCCAAAGUUACUCAGAUGAUGAGAAUGAAUGUCCUACCUGUCAACCUGAGAAUAAGAAUUUAUUGGAACUCCUAAAGGCGAGAGAAUAUAACAAAGAUUUACAUGAAACAUUCCAUUUUCAACUGGAUAAAGCACACGAUGGCUUUUCGGUUGCAGCAGAAUAUUUUGGUAGAGGAGUUUUUAAUAAAUAUAAAAUUUUAAGCGAUGAGUUGGUCGAAAAGACUCUAGGUUUAUCUGAAAAGCCUGAAUCAAAAGCAAAACUUAUUAUACCUGAGAUGAGAGAAUAUGGUCCUGGAGCGGAGGCUAGAAUUCGUCAAACUGAAGGCAAUAGAAAAGCAGUACAUAUCGAUACAAUUUCGGAAGCUAGAAUGAGAGUACAGGAAAGCAGAUAUGGUUCAUCUGUAUCCUCCAUUGCAUCAGCCAAUAAGUUUGCGGCAAGAAGUCAGGAGAAGAAAUCUUAUAUGCCCGCAAAGGUUUCAACAAGUAGACUGCAAACUGCGUCUGUACCGUCUAAUCCAUUCGAAGAUGAAGAUGAUGAUUAUGAUUCAAAACUAAACCCAUUCGGGGAUGAAGAGGAUGAGGAGUUAGAUAAGUUAAAUCCUUUUAGUCCUAAUUAUGAAUGUGAUAAAAAUUUAAACCCUUUUAAUUAGCUUAGGUGGAAAUAUUUUUUAAAAAAGGUUAGAUAUGCUUGCUUUUAUGUACACAUUUAUAAAUAUAUGAUAUAAUUGAUUU